UUCCGUUUUGACUUCGGCUUCGGCAAAGUUCGUUAACUUUCGUCAGCAAUUUGUUAACCUACAAACAACCACAAAACUCAUGUUUUUGGGCCUUUUUUCUUGAAAAAUUUGCGUUCAAAGUUUAAAUUAGCAGUCUGAUCGGUAAUGUAAGUUAGUAUUUUUCAAAUUUACUUCGAAUAGUGUUUUUUACAACCUCACAAAAUGUCCGAUAUGGGUGACGACGAUCUUUUGGGCGGUGAUUCCGACUGUGAACCUUACGACUUCAGUGAAGAGAAAGAGGAGCUUCUGCUUCAAGGGGAUGACGACUACUCAAAAACGGAAGCGGUGUACAAGAAAGCCUCGAAUUCCGAUUCCGAUGAUCAAGACGAUGUUCUCAAUUUAGACAUUGAGGAAGAUUUUCAAGAUGUUGAUGAUAAACUUUUGUUUGAGGAGGAGCAGGAACCCAAAGUUAAAAAAGACGAGAAGUUCUCAUCAGAAAAGAAACCACAAAACACGCAACAUAUACCGGUCGUUAAAACCCACCCUAUUGCACCCAAGAAACAAGAUAAUGUAGCGCCUCCUAAAGAGAGAAGUGCGCCAAAGGUUCUGACACGAAACGACAACAGGUGGAGGAACCCGGGACGCGGCAAUUCCCAACAACGCCCAAACUACGCCAAAAACAAUUUUCAAAGACGCAGGAACGGAACCGUUCUAAUCAACCCAAGAUACGAGGGAACAGUGCGUGUUAGUGAAAAUACCCGACUUGCUUGGGAUAACAACGCUCAAUAUCCCCAAAACAACACAUCCAAUUACGUUCAACCAUGGGUCUCCGGAAAUAAUUUAAACUACGAAACCACUCCCCAAAAUCAAAUUUUUAAUAACUUAGCCGCGCUGUUACCUCAAACUUCGAAUAGUAUUUUCCAGCCUCCAGUGAACAGUUAUCAACCAACGUUAUCAUUUGAACCUCCGCCAGGCAUUCAAACUUCUCCGCCGCCAUACAAUACUCAAGUCCAGCCUUAUUGCCAGUGGAAUUCGCCAAGUGUUGAUAAUCAGGUCUCUCGAGGACAGUAUGCAGCGCAGUCCAGUACAUCAUCUCAUCAGCCGUGUUUACCAAGAGGACCACAAAAUUUCAACAACUCAUAUACAAACUACUAUAACAGUAGUUUCAAUUUGCAAAAUUAUUCUUCUUAUAACGUUAGACCAAACUAUGAAACUAGGAGAAAACCUUACAAUAAUAUGCCCAGCCAGAAUACCAACUUUCAGAACAAAAAUUCAAGUUACGCCAGUAACAAUUCUUAUAAUAGAAAUACUAAUCUUAGUAGUGUUCCAAAACGCCCAAACUAUAGUAGUCCCCACAUUGUUCCAAUUGAAAAUAGAAAUCAAUUCAACGAAACUCGAGCCAAUUCUUACAGAAAUGAUUUUAAACAAGGCCAAAAUCAGAACGUACAAAGUGGUCAACAAUUUCAGACCAGAACUGAAAAUAGACCUAACAAUACCACGUUUAAGAAAAAUAAUGAUAAUUUCGACGUGCAACGAAAUAGGCGCACAAAUGACAAUUCUGGCGCUAAAAGCGACCAACCAGAAAAGCGACCAAAAUUUGACGAAUCUAGUAAUAAAAAGUCAGCGGACUCAACUAAAGAAUCGAAGAAUGAGGACAAAAAAGUACCUCCAGACGAAAAUAUAGAUUUCGAAGAUGAAGAAACAAGAUUGUACCGUUUGAAGAUUGAAGAACAGAAGCGCGAACGCGAGCGAAUAUUGGCCCUGAAAGAAGAGAGAAGGAAGCAAAUGAUGCUGCAGAGAAAACAAGAAGAAGCGAAAAAAUUGCCACCGCCGCCGCCACCACCACAACCGGAAAAUUCCGCGAAUUUCUCCAAACCUGCUAACUUUCAAAGACCGCAGUUUGAACGUGUCGCUGACACAGCCACCGUUCAAAAUCAAUACGCGAAACCGAAAAAUUCGGCCCAGUAUUCUAACGUUGAUUCGGAUCUUUCUGACGAAUUUCCUAAUCUUACGUUUAAAAUUACCAAUAAGAUUCCGCAAAGCGCUCCAGUUCAAAGCACGCCGAAAACUGAAGCGUCCUCUAGUGGCUUUAUGUCUAAUAGAGUGGUCAUGGUUAAGGGGAAAACCGGUGGUUUACCCGUUUCGUCAACUGGGGCUCCUAAACCCAGCAAUGAGGUUAACGAAUCUUCCAAUGUAGGGCAGGGUCUGUCGGCUUUUUUCAAUAAUCGGAAGGUGUUGAAGAAAGAUAGUUCGUUGCUCGAUACCAGGCUGGUUGUUGUCAAUAAUUUGUCGGCAAAUAUUAAUCAAAACAAAUUGGUGGCUUUGACUCGAGGCAUUGGCGAAGUACAGAAACUGCGAGUGGAUAGGCAAGAGCGACAAGCAACAAUUCUAUUUAAAUCUGUUGCAUCCGCUCAUGCAUUUUUUAAGAAAUAUCAACGGCGAAUACUUGAUGAUUUGUCUGUGAUUGAAGUUAAGUUAGAACCGAUGAUUUAAAAAGGCUUAGAAUAGUUGUUUUUGAUUUUUUAUUUAGUGUAUGGACUUAUGAUUUUGUUUUCACUAGUUUUUAUUCGUUUGUAAUUCUUAUUCUGAUAUUGUAAAUAUAAAUGAUAUAUUGUGAAUUCUCUGAGUACCAAUAUUUUAUCAUGUAGGGGAUUUCAUAAAUAGGAGUGUGCAGCGUGAUUGUGAAUCAUUGGUCGUCAAAAUUUUACAAACUCUGAACUCUGGCUUUUGGACAUGUUUCCGCACAAACAAUCAAAUUUUGGUUCAUAAGUGUUCAGAAUGAAGUCUUCUUCGUUGGAUCUGAGUUUUUCAUAUUGUGUUUUAACCGGACGAACAAUUAGUAAUAACAUGUCCACGAUUAUUUCGAUUUGACGUCAUAAUUAUUUAUGAUUUAUUUUUAAUGUAUGUUCUUUUAAAUCAUUUCGUUUCGCGUGUGGCCAACAAUUGUUUUUAUCUGAGUUUUUUGUAAACAUUAAUAUUUAGUUUUGGUGUUGUUCUUAUAGACAGACGACCAUUGAGUUAAUUUGUUUCGUACUUUUGUCAGUUUCGUCUAUUAUAAUAAAGAGCUUUCAAUGUUUAUAAUUACCUGAUUAUUCACCACAUCCACAAACAUGCGAAACCCGUACUAAAAACUGAAAUUUUUAUCAAAUUUAAUUUUUGUAACAAACAUCGUCAAUAAAUGUGAAUUAUUUUCCCGA